GCCGCCGCCGCCACUUCCACGGCAUAGAUUGAUCAAAAGUGAUCUUGAAGGCGAUUUUCGCUUUACUCGACUGGCCACCAAAUCCAGUAGGAGCUUAUCCCUCGAUACAAGCAAAAAUGGCGUCUUCUGAUGAGGGGACUGUUGAAGAUAUGGAGUCUGUGGCAUUUAUGAAGCUUGCUCUAGAACAGGCAAAGCUUGCAAUGGACAGCCUUGAAGUACCUGUCGGUCUUUGUUCAAUCCAACUGCCCUACCAGGCAACUUGGAUGUUAAUUGAUGAAGCUGGGAUUGAAAUUCUAAACAUUGUUACUGAUGAGGCUACUCGACAUGCAGAGAUGGAAGCAAUUGAUGUGCUGCUUGACCAGUGGAGGAAAAACGGAAUGACUAGGGAAAAAGUCACUUUGAAUUUUUCAAGAUGCACACUUUAUGUCACAUGGAUAAAAGAAGUAUUUUAUGGCUGUGGAAAUGAUAAGUUUGGAGGUUGUGGAUCAAUUUUGUCUUUGCACACAGGUGGUACUGGGAAGCUUACAAGUAAUGGGGCUUUUAGGAAGGAGUUCAAGUGCACCGGCGGAAUAAUGGCAACAGAAGCCAUCAACCUUCUACGAAGUUUCUAUGAGCAAGGGAAUCCAAAUGCCCCCAAGCCUCACAGAACACCAGUGCAACGGGUCUAAAUUCAUUUCCUCAUCAAUUUUGAUUCUACUACCAAGUGAAAAAGGUACUAUGAUGGAGAACAUGGAUUCGGCUCUGAAUGAUCCAAAUUAUGGACUCGUUAUUCAAUCUUGUGACACGGAAUGGACUCAUUAUGUAACAAGUUCAUUUGACAUGUGUUUUCACUUACUGAAACUGUUUUCCUUGUGAAUUUAACAAUUUCUUGUUAGGAUUUUAGUCAACCUUCAUGACUCAUCAACUUGGCUUGUAACAUCAAUAAAUGUAAACAUUGUUUUUCCUUUUCUAUCAGUGGUCUCAGCUGGUGUAUUAAACCUCUUCCUCUUCCUCUCUCUGCGGAUAUCCUUGAUAUUUAAGUGUGUGGAGUGUCACAAAUACUAAGGCAAUGAUAUCCUUGAGAUUGUAGUUGGUAAUAUUAUGAUGAAAACAACAACAAAUGCUUCAUCAUUCUGAUAAUGUAGCAUGAUUCACAAGGUUGUACGCAUAUUAAUGAUCGCGUGUAAUUAAUUCAUUACGUUUGCUUCUAGUUACAAAAUGAAUUUUGAUCAAAG